GCCCCAUGCCUGCUCCUGCAGCUCCCCCACCUCCAGCCCAGGGGACCCCUCCUCCGACAGCGAAGCCGAGGCCAGUGGCCCCCCCCCCGACCCCCCCCAAAACUGAAUGGAGCCGUAAGCGGCCGGGGGGGCUGGACCGAGCACCCCCCGAAUUGUCCUCGUCACCCCGAGGGGGGAAACGACCCCGGAAGGGGGAUGGGGGGGACGCCCCUCCCAGCGACGGCGAUCGCCUCUUUGCCCAAAAAUGCCAGGAGCUGCGGGGCUUCAUCCGGCCGCUGGCGGAGCUGCUGGAGGGGCUGAGACGGGGGCGAUAUGACAGAGGGCUGAGCAGCUUCCAGCAGAGCGUGGCCAUGGACCGGAUCCAGCGGAUCAUAGGAGUCCUGCAGAAGCCAGAAAUGGGUGCCCGCUACCUGGGGACACUGCUGCAGGUUGAGGGGAUGCUGAGGGUCUGGUUCCCCCACGUUGCCCCCAGAACUGCACAGGAUCCGGCUCCCUCCCCCGCCGCCGCCACCCCCCCUCGUCGCCGACCCCCUGCCGGCCCCCCCGGAGCACCCCAUUGUCGACGUCUGCCCGGGGACGUCCCCCCCUCCAACCCCACGGGGACGUCAGGGACAUCACAUCGAGGGGGGCACCCCAAGUGCCAGACCGGGACCCCUGUGUCCCCCCUGGCACUGGACGUGUGACCCCCCUCCAAGCCGGGGAGGGUGUCUCCUGGAUUUCUUGGGUUUUGCCUUUUUUUUUGGAUGGUUUUUUUUUUGGUUGUUUUUUUUUUAAAUUGUGGACAGUGAGACCUGCGGGCGGGCGGGGCCAUCCAAUGGGGGGACCCCAAGACCUCCCCCGCCCCCCCAGGGAACCCCAAAACCACAGGGCGGGGAGGGGGGGUACGUGCCUUCGCCAGAGCAGAGCCCCCUCCCCGGGCAGGGGGGUCGUGCCUCGGUGCACGGGGGGGGGGGGGGCACAGGUUGGGGGGGCUGGCCUCCCCACUGGUCUUGUGCCUUUCCCCCCCUGCCUGGUGUUUUGGGGGGGGCCGGGGUGGGGUAUGUGUGUCUGUGUCCCCCUGCAAGUGGGGCUGCCCCACGGCUCGGCCCUGCUGGAAGCAAUAAAUGCCGCGGGAGCGGCCGGGGCCACCCGAUGCCGGUG